AUGCUAAAAAGCCUAUCCGUCAAUCUUAGUGUCAACGAGAUCGCGGCGAACCAAACUGUCGGGAACGCUAAGUCGACACUAGAUCAGCAGCGUCCCAUGCCCGAAAGGGGCACGGGCGGCUAG